AUGAGAAACCUAUUGUUUGAUGAGAAGAGUAACUCGAUCAUCAGAGGAGCCAUGAGAAAUUUAUCUCGUCAUCGUUAUCCUUUUGCAAAAAUUAGUCGCGAAUUAUUGCCUCAUUACUCCGCGCGUCAGAUCGGGCAUCAUUGGCGCAACGUUCUUUGUCCAGCCCUUAAUCAUGGGCCUUGGGUCAGAUUUGAGCAACAGUAUAUCGUUUAUUGGAUAUUACAAAAUCGGACGUCAAAUGGAAGGAUUGAUUGGAAAAUUUUGCGGCAAGUUUUGAAGAGUAAAUUUGGAUUAUUAAGAUCUGAAAAUAGAAUUAAAAACUAUUGGUACUCAAAGAAAAAAUGUUUACCUGAUGAAUUCGAUCAAAGCUCAAUUGAUCCCAACAUCUUGGCUUACAUCGAAGGUAAUGCCACUCCUGUCGCAUCAAAUCAAGAAAAUUCUCGCAUGAAUGUUGAAUAUAUAUUAAAUAACCAUGAUGAGAUUGAUCCGGUAUCUCCUGCCGCAUCCGUCGCACCUAUCCUAGUUCACCCUUUUUGUUCCCUUGAUGACUUUCGCAUGAAGAUUCCUUUUAUUAUCAAUGAUGAUAAUGAUUUCAUGAAAUAUAACCCCUUGUGCAAAAACGAAGUCGUAUGA